AUGAUUAAUAUUUACAUAAAUGUUGAUAAUGUUGGUGUUGAUAACACUGGUGUUGAUAAUGUUGGUGUUGAUAAUGUUGGUGUUGAUAAUACUGGUAUUGAUAAUACUGAUGUUGAUAAUACUGGUGUUGAUAAUGUUGGUGUUGAUAAUACUGGUGUUGAUAAUGUUGGUGUUGAUAAUGUUGGUGUUGAUAAUGUUGGUGAUGAUAAUGUUGGUGUUGAUAAUACUGGUGUUGAUAAUGUUGGUGUUGAUAAUACUGGUGUUGAUAAUGUUGGUGUUGAUAAUACUGGUGUUGAUAAUGUUGGUGUUGAUAAUGUUGGUGUUGAUAAUGUUGGUGUUGAUAAUGUUGGUGUUGAUAAUACUGGUGUUGAUAAUGUUGGUGUUGAUAAUGUUGGUGUUGAUAAUGUUGGUGUUGAUAAUGUUGGUGUUGAUAAUACUGGUGUUGAUAAUGUUGGUGUUGAUAAUACUGGUGUUGAUAAUGUUGGUGUUGAUAAUACUGGUGUUGAUAAUGUUGGUGUUGAUAAUACUGGUGUUGAUAAUGUUGGUGCUGAUAAUACUGGUGUUGAUAAUGUUGGUGUUGAUAAUACUGGUGCUGAUAAUGUUGGUGUUGAUAAUACUGGUGUUGAUAAUGUUGGUGUUGAUAAUACUGGUGUUGAUAAUGUUGGUGCUGAUAAUGUUGGUGUUGAUAAUGUUGGUGUUGAUAAUACUGGUGCUGAUAAUGUUGGUGUUGAUAAUACUGGUGUUGAUAAUGUUGGUGUUGAUAAUACUGGUGUUGAUAAUGUUGGUGCUGAUAAUGUUGGUGUUGAUAAUACUGGUGUUGAUAAUGUUGGUGUUGAUAAUACUUGUGUUGAUAAUGUUGGUGCUGAUAAUGUUGAUGAUGAUAAUACUGGUGUUGAUAAUGUUGGUGUUAAUAAUACUGGUGCUGAUAAUGUUGGUGCUGAUAAUAGAGUUGAGAAAAUCAGGAGCCCUGAUGACUAUUCGAACUUUCACACUGGGCACUCUCAAGCACACACCUUAGACCACUACACCACUGCAUGGUAA